GGCAUACGUAUGCACGGAGACAGCGCAGAAUUCGCCUCUGAGUUCUGCGGAACUAAUUUUUCUAGGUAGGUAUGUUAGCCGGAGCAUUUAAGAACACUUUCAUUUCCGGCUCCACCGGAAGCAGUUUGAAAAUGGCGUCUUCCUCGAAAAACGGGACGUCUGCAGCACCUGAGAGAAAUGAAUUUCGCAGCCAGAAACCGAAGCCAGAGAACCGAGAUGAAUCAGAACUCCUCACUGUUCCUGAUGGUUGGAAGGAACCAGCUUUUUCUAAAGAGGACAAUCCCAGAGGACUCUUGGAGGAGAGCAGUUUUGCAACUUUGUUCCCUAAAUAUAGAGAGGCCUACUUGAAAGAGUGUUGGCCUUUGGUGCAGAAGGCUUUGAAUGAACAUCACAUUAAUGCAACCCUGGACCUGAUUGAGGGCAGCAUGACUGUUUGUACUUCAAAGAAGACUUUUGAUCCAUACAUCAUCAUCAGGGCCAGAGAUCUGAUAAAACUGUUAGCACGAAGUGUUUCAUUGGAACAGGCAGUACGAAUUCUUCAGGAUGAUGUUGCGUGUGACAUCAUUAAAAUAGGUUCUCUAGUAAGAAAUAAAGAAAGAUUUGUAAAAAGAAGACAACGACUUAUUGGUCCCAAAGGAUCUACUCUGAAGGCAUUGGAACUCUUAACAAACUGUUACAUUAUGGUUCAGGGAAACACAGUUUCAGCCAUUGGACCUUUUAGUGGCUUAAAAGAGGUUCGAAAAGUAGUUUUAGAUACCAUGAAGAAUAUUCAUCCAAUUUAUAAUAUCAAAACCUUAAUGAUUAAACGAGAGUUGGCAAAAGAUUCUGAAUUACGAUCACAAAGUUGGGAAAGAUUUUUGCCACAGUUCAAACACAAAAAUGUGAAUAAACGCAAAGAACCAAAGAAGAAAACUGUAAAGAAAGAGUAUACACCAUUCCCACCACCACAGCCAGAAAGUCAGGUUGACAAAGAAUUGGCUAGUGGUGAAUACUUUUUGAAGGCAAAUCAGAAGAAGCGACAGAAAAUGGAAGCAAUAAAGGCUAAACAAGCAGAAGCUCUCAGUAAGAGACAAGAGGAAAGAAAUAAAGCAUUUAUUCCACCUAAAGAAAAGCCAGUUGCAAAACCUAAGGAAGCUUCUACUGAAACUAAAAUUGAUGUGGCUACCAUCAAGGAAAAGGUUAAGAAAGCAAAGAAUAAGAAACUUGGAGCCCUUACAGCUGAAGAAGUUAAGCUUAAACUGGAAGCAGAUGAAAAGCAAAAGAAGAAAAAAAAGUAACAUUAAAAUACCAGACCUUGAACUGUUAAUUUAUGAAUCUACCUCCUUUUGUAAAGGAUUUUGAGAAACAGGGCAUUAGUUGUCCUAUAAUAUUCUGAUCACUUUUUUCUGAGUUUCAGUUGUUUUGUUCAUAAAAUAGUACUUUUUUAUAAAUAUAAAUUAUUCUAUUUUUCAUGUGUGUUCUGAGAAACUUUGUGCUACAAAAUAGUAUACAUGUCGUGUGUAUUGUAUAACCAGUUCCAGGCAAGUUUUUUUACUGACACAUGAUUUUAGGAAUAACUUUUUACUUUUUAAUUUUAGGAUGUGCAUGUGACUAUUGUAAUUAUGCAUUAAAUCCAAAGAAUGUCUGAGCUGUUGGUUAGUCUUUAUGCUACCCCAGCAUUUGAUUUUAAGAAAAAUAAAUGCAAAAUUUUCAGUG